AUGCCGACAAAACCGGAGCCGGAGUUUAUCCAUCCACCCUACGCUCCUGUCAGUGAUAUCGGGCAUGACCAGCCCGCGGUAGUGGCUGAGUCGUUGUCAUUUCACGUUGCUGCUAAUACAACGGAGAUGGCAUCCGGAGUGAGCAGCUCUAAUGAUGUUGUGGCUUUUGAACCACCCACUCAAAUUCUUGAGAAUAAUGCUGGAGUGAACGCCGACUCUCACCGCUCGAGUGUUGCAACUAAUGCCUGCCUCUACAGCGGACUUAAGGCGGCUGAACCGGACCGGGAACCGGCUGGAGUGAACGGACUUGGCUAUGCCGAUGUGCCGGUUACUACCGCGGAGGUGCAGAACGUCACCAAAGGCCUUCUUACCCCUUGGGAAGCUCAGCAGCUGCUUGCUGCUGCUGCUGCUGCUGCUGCGACAGAAGAGCCACAUAAAUCUAUCGCGAGCUUGUUCAUGGGUGGGUGCGACGACUUCACGUCUCUGCUUCUCAUGGACCCGCUCACCCUCGUUGACUCGCUGUCGCUGCCCUAUCCCCUCGACCCCUUAGACCCCUCAGCUGCGGGCGCAACAGGCGAUUGCCCGAGAGCGGGCAUGCCGACAACAAGAAUUUUCUCAACAGCUGCGCAAGCAGGAGGUUAUGCUGAGGAGGGACCGUCGGGCGGGCAGAACGGUGAUGCUGAGGCAGGAGAGGGGGGUGUGCCGCAGGCGAGCUUGGAGUUCAUGGCUCAGGAGGAGCUGUUUCAGGCGCUGCUGCUAGAGGAUGCCCCAGAGAGCGCUGCAAGGAGGCUGCUGGCUGCUCCGUGCAGUGCGGAGAUGCCUGCAGGUCAAGCUGGUGAACCACCUGAGCAUCAACCUGCUGGACCAGCCAUGAAUCCACCUGGAGAUCCACCUGAAGAUUCACCUGGAGAUCCAACGGAUGGAACAGGGGUUGCCCUUGGUGUGGGUGGGAACGACGUGGUUCUGAACAUGGCGGUGGUAGAAGAGGGUUUGUCUGGUGAAGUGAGGUACAUUGGAGUUCGGAAGAGGGGAUUGGGCAAUCGAUGGGUGGCAGAGAUAAAGGACAACAUCCACGGAGUGAGGAGGUGGCUUGGGACGUUUGGCACACCUGAAGAGGCAGCCAGGGAGUAUGAUAAGGCAGCAAGGGAGAUCAGAGGUGAAAGCACCCGCCGCACCAACUUCCCCUUACACAAGUAG